AUGGCUAGCAUUCUUGGGGCCGUCUUGUUACUUUUCUCCGCCGUGCUCGCACAGGAUGGCUGCUCGCAGACACCGAUAUACCUCGACUUCCACGAUCGCCGAGUAGAUGGUGGCAUCAGCAUUCAGUAUGGCCUUUUCACAGGAAUUGGAACCCCCUCCCAAAAUCUCUCGCAAUGGCCGUCAUUGUCAAACAACGACACAUAUGUUGCCAGCUUAGACUAUUGUACAGGCAGUCCAUUUGAAGACUGCCUCGAACUUUCUCACGGAUUCUACGAUCCAGCUCUAUCCGAGGACUAUCAGUCUACCUCAUCUUAUCAAAGUCUCGACGCCAAUCUCGGCACCAUCCCUGCCACCCUUGCCGAAUAUGCCAUCGACACCUUCAACUUCUUCGUCCACUACUUUGAUCCUUCACCGGCCAUUCACACCCCUGUACCCGACUUUGCAGUUACAGUCCUUUCCAAUUAUUCAUCAGCCACGACACCGUGGUUUGGACCUGCUGGCCUAUUGGGUCUAGGACCAUCGUCCACUAUCCUCAGUCGCAGUCUUGGAUUAGGACUAAUCACCACCCGCUCGUAUGGGCUAUACAUGGGCACUUACUAUAAGGAAGGCAAUGGAUUGAUCAACGGCUCGCUGACCCUGGGAGGUUAUGACUCUGGCAGAUUUGAGGGCGAGGUUCACAACUAUUCGAUUGGCAUACCUAAUGCAGAGGCACAUCACUCACCCUUCUCCGUGACGAUAUCUCAAAUGACCCUCACUGACAACAACGGCGAUGAGACAGGCCUUCUGACCGAGGAUUUCGAAGCGUACCUCACCACCCACCAGUACGAGAUCAACCUUCCAAGAGUAGUUCUCGACACAUUUGCCGACAAGACCGGUGCCACAGCUGCGGACGGGAGAUACCAGCUCCCUGCUGGGUUCAACUCGAGUUUAACGAUGACACUUUCUUCAGGCCUAACUCUCACUUUCGAGCCGGAAUGGUUGAAGAAUGUCUCCAACAACUCACCCUUCUCCACAACUGCAUCUGACGCGGAAAACGGUAAUUCCUCUACCAGUGGCCCGGCACUUCUCGGCUCCGCUUUCUUCACUCACAUCUACAUGAUGGUAAACUACGAUGCAAAACCCGAACCGAUCUUCUAUCUUGCAUCUGCCCUCCCGCACGGGCCCUACGUCAUGACUCGCACGCUAUGUGAAGAAACACAACCAACGCCUGCACCGGCCACAAAUAUCUCUAGUUUCCAAGCCUCUGGAAUGGCUGGCGCCAUCGUUGGAGGAGUAGUCGGCGGAAUUGGUUUGACUUUCCUCGUGUGGUGGAUAAUCCGCAAGUACGCACAAAUGAGAAUGAGACGGAAUCAACAACGUCUGGCUACCAAGGGCAAAUUCGUCGAGGGAGGUAACGUAUCGAUCGCCGGCGCGGGCAGGAUAUUCUCCAAGUCAAAGGGCAGUCCCUCUUCAUUCGGCUCGACCGAUGAAUAUGAUAGGAUCAAGAACGAGAGUGAUCCAAACAUCGACGAACGUCACCGCUCCGACAGCGCUGAAAUGGCUGAUUUUGCAUUCGCCUUCAAUGAUGGCCUACCCCGAGGCUACAUGCAAGAAGCCGAUCCCAACUCGGCCAACUCUCCCAGUAGUGUCAUGUCCUCUGGCUAUGCCAUGGUAGCCAGGGAGAUGACACCUUCUGUCGUCCAGGUACAGCAGAACACACAUACAGCACGGGCGUACCAUGCGAGCAUCCACGACCACGACGAUGAGUAUGCCCAUGACGGAAGCCCAGCCACGCCCAUGACAGCACAGCCUUUGGUGGGCUCUACGCUGUAUGGUGGUCAGCAAAGCCAUGGUUUCCCUUCAGCUUCCCAGCCUGCACACAAUUUUAGAGGCGCAGAACCUUCAGUACGAUCAAACCUUCCUCCAAUACGGACGGAGUUCGCACCGCCACCGGGAAAGGGACACAAUGGUGAUGGGAAAGGGAAGGGCAACAAGAAGGAGUCGUUAUUAAGGAAAGUCUUUCCUCCGACUCAUAGCGGUGGGAGUUGA